GUGUACACAUCUGUUAGCACACGGUAUCCCGACUGUGUAAUUCCGACUGCUCUUAGCUACUUGAUUAGACAACGAAUCGUUUGUCGACAAGCAAGCAAGAGAGAGAGAGAGAGAGAGAGAGAGAGAGAGAGAGAGAGAGAGAGAGAGAGAGAGAGAGAGAGAGAGAGAGAGAGAGAGAGUUGAAGGAGAUGGCGACAAGUGAUAGCGCGCAGUCUGAGGUAGGUGAGAUGAAGAGCAAAAGCGCAGCUACUUCGAGUGCGGAGGAGAGGAGGAACAUGGAGGAGAGUUCGACGACAGACAAGGGGAGGAGGGAGGAGGGGUUGGAGGUGCAAGAGAGCGAGUUCCGCGCCGAGCUUCUUCACACCAUUCCCGUCUGGUAUCCGUGGGGAAGGAAAUACGCGAAGAACAUCAAGUGUCACACACAGCGAGGGGGGCGAUGGGUGGUCGCAAAGGAGGGGGAGGAGAAGAAGAGGGUGUGCGGGAAUCAUGGUCAUGGGUCUAGACGAAGCACAGCAUGGACGAAGGACUCCGCAGCCUCCUCCGCGGGGUCGGCGGAGCCCCGCGGAGUCGGUGGCGCCGACGGCGGCGUCUCUUCCGCCGCCCCGGAGUCCUCUUGCUCUUGCUUGUCGCGUAGCCAAACCCCCAUGGACCACAUUUGGACAUCAUGGAGGGGACCUCAGCCCCUGCCUGCGUUUCACAAGUUGAGGAAGGGAAUCGGCAAAUGGAGAAACAAAGCUAUCGAUGCAAUGUGCAGCGAUCGAUAUGUUUACUUCUUCCCAUGGACACGGCGCGCUCGAUCGGACGAUUGGUCUGCCGAAGAAUCCAUCCGACGUCGGAAGCUUGAGAGCGGGCGGCAGAAGUUUCUGCGCAAGUGUCGGUGCGCCGCUCGAGAGCGGGACUCCCGUGCGUUUUAUUCCGCGGCCAUGUUCUCCAUGCCUGCUGGCCGUCUCUCCACGGCCACUCCAUCGCUUCCCCUCGACUUUGCCAUAGGCGACCGGAUGAUCACCAUCGUGACCACGGCCUGCUUGCCUUGGCUGACUAAAGGACAAAGGAGAAGGAGAAAGACGAAGGCACAAAAGGGGAACAGUAAAGAUACGGAGAUGAUUGAAGUCUCGGAGGAAGGGGAUAAGGAAGAAGAGGUGGAGAAGGAAGGGGAUAACCCUAACCCUGGCCAAGAGGAAAACGACGCCAGGAAAACAGAAGAGGUGGCAGGGAAGAAGAAUGGGGAGAGGAAGGAGGUGGAGAGAGAAGGGACGCCCCCUCCCCUACCCCAAAAACUCGAGACGGAACUGUGUGAGAAAGCUAACCCGGUAUUAGAAAUAAAAGAAAGCAAGAAAUCUCCCCCCCCAUCCCUCCCCCCUUUCGGGGAUGGAAGGGAGGAAGAAGAGGGCUUGAAUCUGAGGGAUGAUAGCAAGACGAAAAAGGACAUCCUCGUCGAAGAUACGGGAGUUGUCGAUUCUGGGAAUUCAAAGGGAGUAAUAAUAUCGGAUGAUUCAGAGUCCUCAGGGGAUUCCUUGGAAGAAUCAGAGGACUCUGACGACUCAGACGACUCAGAAAACUCCAAGGAUAUGAACGUGGAAGGCGGUGAGAAAGAAGAGGAAGGAAGUGAGGAGGAAUUUUAUGGAGAUGCCAACGAAGAGGUCCUAGAUAGCGAGGAGGAGGCGGAAGAUGAUGUCCUGGGCAUAGUGCCAUUUUUGGAUUCCGAUGACCAGAAGCAGGUGUAUCCCGACCUACUGACCUUCGACAGACCGGUGGAGCAGGAAGCGUACAUAAGGCACUGGGUUCAGGAAAGACUCAACAUGAUGCCGCGGCUCCGCAUCCUUUUCUAUCCUGCAUAUUUCGACUCCCAGAAGAACAGCAUUUUCCCCAUUCCUGGCUUCGACGUCACGGAACUCAUCUCCGAUGCAGAAGCUGAUGUUGCUGUUCUCGAGGAACCGGAGCACUUGUGCUGGUAUCACUUUGGUGAGAGAUGGAGGAACAAAUUCCGGGUGGUGCACUUUGCCAGAUCCAUUGUUUCCAAUGUGCAUGGCGUCGCUCCUCAGUUUUUCAAACAAAGCGGAUCGGCGGACUCACCAAGCAAGUCUCAUAAGCCGUCGGUCUGGAAUAGCGGCCGAUACCGAACCCCGAUCGGGAGCACAGAAAGCAUAUUGUCGUCAGAGAGCGCAACCGAUGAUGACAUCAAUGACCGGAGUCUCGCCGUUCCGUGGACCAGAACACGGUCCAUGGGACCGGGCAUGCAGAUGCAUUUCACAAAAGGAUGUUACUUCAUUGGCAAGAUGCUCUGGGGCAAAGCUUACAGAGAACUCUGUGACCUCCUCAUUCAUCACUGCAAAAAGUAUCCUGUCAAGCUCAAUCCAUGCCGAUCACUUCGUCAAUCGUUUGAGGAUGGAUAUUUGCGCAGCGGGCGCAUCUCGCUUCGCCAAUCGUUGGAGGAUGGAUCUCUGCGGGGCAGCUUGACUUCUUUCCGCCAUAUUGCGGAGGACUAUGGGCGGUUGCGAGGAAGCAAUUCGCUGCGCAAUUCCAUAGACGAGGGGUUCAUGGUGGGCUCUUCUCCUUCUCCACUUCGACGGUCCGUGGAAGGAGAUUCUUCCUUGAGAUCGAGCUUCUCAUUUCUUGAUGCUGGCCAAAAGGACAUGAUUGACCUGCACGAUUCCCCAGAUCGAUUACUGAAGCCGGACACCGACCCUAGGUAUCGGCCUGCCAUGGUGAUGAAUCUGGAGCGUCGGAUAGAGAUCGAGGCACAGAGAAAGCGACUCAUCAAGUCCUUCCUGAGACGGAUCGAAAGGCCGGACUUUGGCCGUGAUGAUGCCGUUAAGGAAGAUCCUCUAGAGGGGAAUGACAACGACGACGACGACGAUGAUGUCGACGACGACGACGACGACGAUGAGGAUGAUGACGGCGAGGACAGAGUGCUGCUGGGGAGAGUGAAGGAAGAAGAAGAUCAAGUGGAAGAUGGGGAGGAAGAGCAAUCUCAAAUGCCGCCUGUUGGUCGCGUCAAAUGGCUCGCUCAGCGUAUCUUUGCGAAAGGUAACUCUGCAGGCACCAGCGAUUCCAACAAGUCUUCGGAAACAGGUGCUCAACGUCGGCACGGUUCGCAAACCAACGUACAAAACAACACGUUGUUAGAGCCGUUAAAUAAGGAAAGGGUAGCCAUAGCUGAUGCUGCAGCUGGACACCAUGGCUCCGAAACAGCAAGCACAGAGGACGAAGAACCUGAGCUUCAGGUCGAUGUCUAUGGCAGUGGCUCAGAUGAGAGGGAAAUCGAGGAAUUCGCAAUGAAGCACAAUCUUCCGAUGGUAUUCCAUGGACGACGGGAUCAUGCUGAUCCAUCCAUUCGAGAAUUCAAGGUCUUCGUCAACCCAAGCGUCAGCGAUGUCUUGUGCACGACCACCGCCGAAGCUCUAGCUAUGGGCAAGUUUGUGGCGACGGAACGGUUCCUUGAAGCGGCAGGGUUAUGAUUUUUCAUUUUUGCCUGCAAAUAAUAAUCAUUACCAUCGACCCCUCUUAUUGGCCUUCAAUAGUGUCAGAGGGGUGUCUUUUCUCUUCAUUCUCUUCAUUGGACGGAAAAAGGAUCUGCUUUUAUCCUGACAUGAGUGGGGCGGAAGAGACUGAUCGCAUGGAGAUCCUUCAUCUGCAUCUCACCUCAAAUAUGGACUUCAUUCAUCUCUACAAAUCUGGGGAAAGCUUGAGCUUGUUGAAGAUCCAAGUGGUUGGCAUUCCUGAUUAGGCAAAUAAAAGAAUUAUGACCAUCCAAGACUUAUCAUGACGAGGAGGGGGAUGCCAAUAUUUAUGAUCAUUCAAGUGGCUGAAAUUCCUGAUUAGGCAAAUAAAACAAUUAUUAUGUCAAUCCGAGACUUAUCAUACAUUGAUAAGCUGCAGGACCCAUUGUCGAUACCAAGACAGCCCCCCAGCUUUUUGUCCCGGCUCCUCCCAGCUUCGGUACCGCGGGACCACAAUAUGGCAAUGUGUUUGGAACGGUGGGAACAAAUGAUGAGCCAAAUGAAGGAGCUUCUAUUUCAGGUUGACGACAACAGCAACAAGACGAUGACGAGGCUGUGGACUUUGCAGAAUGGCUCGCUUGGCAGGAGUGAUAUCAUCGUAUAUCGGAAACAUCGGUUCUCCUUCUUCUUCGUUCUUCGUUGAUCGGUCAAGAAAAGAGUAAGUGGAUGGACUGCUGCUUCUGGUAUGAAUGAGGAAGAGUGCGCAAGGCGGCGCUCUUCGCUCAUUACCUCCGGGAGGGCGGAAGCGUUCACACAGUUCGGUCGCCCAGCAGCAAGCAGAAUGUGGGCUUGGUGUUAAUGAGCGUGACGGAGCAGCAAGUGUGGUCAGAUGGCACAGCUUCGUCAAUCGUUGACACGCCCGCGGCUGCUUCUCCGAAAAUUGAGGACGGAAAAGGUUUUAUUAACUUUUGUAAAGCAGAUGGGCAACCACAGUCAUACACCUCCCAAGUACAGCUAGAAAGUCGUGCCGCCUCGCCCAUGCAAUUUGUUUUUUAGGGGCUGCAAAGUAGCUGAACUGCGGUGGAGAGUAGAUUGUGAAUUUGACCGGUAGGCAAUUUUACGUCUCGCAACCUCUUCGUGUUUCUUCUCCUCUGUCACUUUGGAGGAGAGGCUUUUUUUCGGCCUUCUUCAGUCCAAGCCUAUGCUUCAACACCCACCCAGCUAGGAAUCGAAAGUUAGGAAAACAACUUGAUAAGCUUGUGAUAGCGUCAUUCCAGUCUCACCACCUCUCUUCUGACCUUUUCCCAAGUUCCAUUCAUAUUUUGGCGAUGUAAUGUGCGUGUAUGGGUGUGUGAUGAUGUGGUGUAUGUGUGUGCCUGUAUGUGUGUGUGUGUGUGUGUGUGUGUGUGUGUGUGUGUGUGUGUGUGUUAUGAUGUGUUUGUGUACGUGUGCACAUGCGCAUGCGAUGUGCAUGUGUGCAUGUGAGUAUGUGUCCUGUUCACUGCGAUCAUCAAUAGCUGUUGCUAUUGUGUGUGUGUGUAGGUGUGCACAUGGGCAUGCGAUAUGCAUGUGUGCAUGCAUGUAUGUGUGCUGUUCUCUGCAAUCAUCAAUAGCUGCUGCUAUUGUUUGUGUGUGUGUGUGUGUGUGUGUGUGUGUGUGUGUGUGUGUGUGUGUGUGUGUGUGUGUGUGUGUGUGUGUGUGUGUGUGUGCUUGUGUGUGAUGAUGUGUUUUUGUAUGUGUGCACAUGCGCAUGCGAUGUGCAUGUGUGUAUGUGUGCUGUUCUCUGCGAUCAUCAAUAGCUGCUGCUAUUGUGUGUGUAUGUGUGUGUGUGUGUGUGUGUGUGUGUAUGGUGCGCCGUGCGUGUGCG